AUGUGGGUUUUUUACUUGAUCUCUCUGCCGCUAACCCUGGGCAUGGUGAUUUUGACUCUAAAAUACUUUGCCGGUCCAGAAGUGCCGCGUUACGUGUUUCUGACGGUGGGAUACACUUGGUUCUGCUCCAUUUCAAUCAUCAGUCUUGUCCCUGCCGACAUUUGGACGACAAUAAUUGGUCAAUUUAAUGGAGGCAUCUCUUUCUUUUGGAGUUGGUCAUACUGGAGUACAUUUUUGCUUACAUGGCUUGUUGUGCCCUUGAUACAAGGUUACGAAGAUGCUGGGGAUUUUACAGUAAAGGAAAGACUAAAGACUAGCAUACAUGUCAACUUAGUCUUCUAUUUAAUUGUGGGUUCCAUUGGUCUUUUCGGACUUAUUCUCCUCAUUAUUAUGGACAAAAUUGGGAUUAGAGAUAUACUGGCUUUGGCCAUGGCAGGCUCAAAUACAUUUGGGCUUGUGACUGGUGUAUUUCUUCUUGGUUUUGGUUUAAGUGAAAUUCCAAAGAGCAUUUGGAGAAAUGCUGACUGGACUACCCGUCAGAAGGUUCUGUCGCACAAAAUUGCCAAAAUGGCUGUGAAACUUGAUGAUGCUCACAAAGAACUAUCAAACACCAUAGUGAUUGCUCAGGCAACAUCUAAACAGAUGUCCAAGCGUGAUCCACUGAGACCUCUUAUGGAGGUCAUUGACAAUAUGUUGGUGCAAAUGUUCAAAGAAGAUCCUUCCUUCAAGCCACAAGGGGGUCGGUUGGGAGAAAAUGAUAUGGAUUACGAUACAGAUGAGAAAUCAAUGGCAACUCUCAGGCGUCAUCUUCGGCAAGCUCGCGAAGAGUAUUAUCGAUGCAAAAGUGAGUACCUGACUUAUGUUACACAGGCGCUUGAAUUAGAGGAUACUAUAAAGAAUUAUGAACGACGCAAUACAACUGGAUGGAAAUUCUUCUCAAGCUUUAGAACUGAACGCACUGGUAAAUUAGGGCCUUUCCUUGAUACAAUAGAAUUAGUAUGGCGAUGUAUUUUAUGGAAGCAAUUGAAGAAAGUCUUUGCUGUUAUUCUUGGUUGCAUGUCAGUCGCGAUUCUCCUGGCUGAGGCUACAUUAUUGCUAGGAGGAGUUGAUUUAUCUCUAUUUUCUAUCCUCAUAAAAUCCGUAGGAAAUGAAGAGGUUGUCGUGCAGGUUGUUUCAUUUGUUCCUCUGAUGUACAUGUGUGUUUGCACAUAUUAUUCUCUGUUCAAAGUUGGAAUGCUGAUGUUCUAUUCAUUGACUCCAAGACAAACAAGCUCAGUCAGUUUGCUAAUGAUAUGCUCGAUGGUUGCUCGUUAUGCGCCUCCAAUUUCGUACAACUUUCUUAAUCUCAUUAGUCUUGGAAAUGGCAAGGAAACUAUUUUUGAGGCGCGAAUGGGAAAUAUCGAUAAAGCCGUACCUUUUUUUGGGCAAGGAUUUAACAGAAUUUAUCCACUUAUUAUGGUCAUCUACACAAUCAUGGUUGCUAGCAAUUUCUUUAACCGGAUCAUCAGUUUCUUUGGGAACUGGAAGAUAUUUAGACUUCAAACAGAAGCAGAUGAUGUGGAUGGUUUUGAUCCAUCCGGAAUGCUUAUACUACAAAAAGAAAGAAUGUGGCUGGAACAAGGUCGUAAAGUUGGAGAACAUGUUAUCCCAUUGGCUAGGAAUUUCAAUGGUGUGAACAUGGACCUGGAGUCUGGUGACAAUGACACUGAUAGACGUCCAGUUGAAAUGAAGGUGGCAUCCGACUUGAGCAAGGUUGAUAUAAAAGGAAGUUCAUCAAAACCUUUAAAAGACGAGGCCAGUAGAUAUGCUGAGAGCAAAGAAGCCAUAAGCAGCAAAUAUGCUGCCAUGAGAGAACAGAACAAACAACCAUCUAACACGAAACCAGUCGAGAAUAUCGCUGCAGCUAAGGUCUCCUUGCUCAAUGCUGGCAACUCUCAAUCUAGUAACAGCUCUGGAAUUCCGUCUGGUUUAGCCUCAAAAUGGGCAUCAAUGAAGGCAGGUUUUCAAACUUUUAAGACGAACAUUGAAGCAAAGAAAUUUUUACCUUUACGUCAAGUUGAGGACACGAAACUCUUAUCUCGAGGUUCAUCCUCUGAAUCCCUGGACGAGAUAUUUCAGAAAUUGAAAAGACCCGCUGCAGGACAUGGCCACUCUAGUGAUGACGACGAAGAUGAACAUGGUAUCAGAGUUUCUGGUCCACGCAGAUAG